AGAUAAACUAUGGUUAAAAUUAAAGCUAGAUAAUGUUAUUGUUCGAUUCUUAGAGCGGUACGAAAUUACAAUUCAGAAAUAAUAUGGAUGAGACGAACGUGGAUGGUCAGAUAAGCAACUUCUUCCCGAAACGAAAGACGGAUGCGGAUUGCAUAAGCAACUUGGAUUCUUUAGAAUCUGCUUUUGAGGGAAGCUUCGACGUGGCUUCAAUUAGCGACAAUCAGCCGAAAGCUUUUGCAGAUACAAGGAAGCGCAAGAACGAUUCGGGUGAUUUGAACGCGAGCAUUAGCAAACGUGCGAACGCCACGUUCUCGACGCCAAAGAACAGGUUCGAGGAGAGCAUCAGGUUUCUCACUGGGAACGUGGAGAAGGUGCUGAAAUGGAACCAGAUCCUUCGAAGCUACUGCCUGUACGAAGUCAUCGCUCCGGUGAUUUCGAUGCGGCCAGGUGAGCUGCGAUAUCAGAAGAUCAUCUUUCUCAGAGACAGAAAGGGACCGGUCAUGAAGGUCGUGCACUACGACAUCGAUAAUAUGCAGUUCCCGGAGAUACGCGUAGGUCAGAUUGUUAGAUGCGCUGGUAAGAUGAUCGGCAAGAACUCGUUGCACGCUUUCCACGUGAGGGAAGCCACCGAGGAGGAGAUCUUGAGCGUUCCGAGAAUGUCCAAUAUAUGCGAUCUGGAAAUCACGAGAAAACUAAACUGAGUUUUCCCCAGUACGAUUCACUUAAUUAUUAUGCCUAACGCUAUUUCAUCAUUGUUUUCGCGAAUUCGAUUGAAUCUAAUUCAUAUGGACAAUCGUGUAAAUGUCAAUAGUUGUUAAUUUUUGUUUUUGUUAUAUAUGUACGUAAUUUACAAUGUUUUCCUCUAAUGUUGCUUGAUAUUGGCGAUGAGACGCUGCGAUUGUCGUCCAAGAUUUCGCAGAGGUUUUCCCAUCAGGUGACAUCAAAGGAACGAGCGGAAAUUUACAUCGAUUUUCAGUACGUUUUUGAAGUGUUUGUCAUUGCGUAACAGAAUUACCAAAAUCGCCUUAUUUAAACUUACUAAAUGUUACUAAAUUUUUUUUUGAAUUUGAUUACAAUGUAUCACUAAGUAUUAGUUUUUAUGGACCUAUACGUUUCCUAAGAUAAUUUUCGCAAAGAACGAACAACAGUAAUCAUGAGUAAGUUGAAAAGGCACGAAUUUAUCGUGGGUAAGUAAUUAAACGAUUUUACGAUGAUGAGAAUUAUUGUUUCGACGGUAAUUGGAAAAAGAAAAAAAAACCUAAUAGAGGAGAAAUGUUAAUCUUGAGAAAUAUAA